CUUAUAGUUAUAGUGUUUGAGUGAUUGACUGUUUGCUAAUAAAUGCAAUGAUUUGUGAAAUCAAAAUGAGUUAAAACUACUAAUUAUAUGAUUAUACAGUAAUUAUAUUAUAUUUAAUAUUUAUAUGAUAUUUGUUUAAAUUAUAUUUACACAGAAAUCGUGAGAAUAACUGAUAAGUGAUUUGAAUAUAAAUAGUAAUCAAUUUGAAAAAUAUCGUAAAUAAAGAAAAAGUAAACAAAAUAUUAAUUGAAAUUAAGUUUCGAUAAUCAACUCAUGGAUUGUAUUUGCAAUGAAUGUAAUCAUGCGAUGACUUAUGUCUCGACUCAGACCCUCCCCUCCCAGUGAUGUCCAUCCAAGACAUCUCACAAUUGGUCUGAUAGUAAAAUGGCUUCAAUUGGAUGCGAAUCAGUCCAUAAUAACGAGAUUAAGACACAGUUUGUCACUCGAGAGGGUUAUUACAAACUCAUGACUUCAGCCGAGUAUUCGCGACCCAAUCGCUUGGGAUAUACCACACAAACCAACACCACUGCUGUCAAAGUGUCAUUCAUCACCACAAUCAACGCCAACACCACCCCAAACGCCACCAACACCUCCUCCCAAGACACCAACCCCUCCAACACCACCAACACAUCGCCCAACACCACCACCACUGACCGCAUCUGCUUUAAUGUCGGACGAGAGCUCUAUGUCUAUAGUUAUAAAGGAGUGAAAAAGAUCCUNACGAACCCCUCGAACACCACCAACACAUCGCCCAACACCACCACCACUGACCGCAUCUGCUUUAAUGUCGGACGAGAGCUCUAUGUCUAUAGUUAUAAAGGAGUGAAAAAGGCCGCAGAUUUGACAAAACCAGUCGACAAAAGGGUAUAUAAAGGGACGUAUCCGACGUGUCAUGACUUCAAUUCAUCAAACAUUAGCUCCGAUUGUGUGUACCUUCUGGUGGGGUUCAGUGCCGGACAAAUACAACUCAUUGAUCCCAUUAAGAAAGAAAUCUCUAAACUAUAUAAUGAAGAAAGAUUAAUCGAUAAAACGAAGGUUACAUGUCUUAAAUGGUUACCCAAUUCGGCCAACUUUUUCAUAGUGUCCCACAGCAGUGGACAGAUGUAUGUGUAUAAGGAGGACCUGCCGUGUGGGACAACACCUCCGCACUACCAGCUCUUCAAACAGGGCGACGGCUUUUCUGUGCACACCUGUAAAACAAAGAGUACUAGAAAUCCGAUAUUCCGGUGGAUUAUAGGCGAGGGUUCUCUUAAUGAGUUUGCGUUCAGUCCGUGCAGUAAAUACUUAGCGACCGUCAGUCAGGACGGAUUCCUCCGGGUCUUCAACUACGACACUAUGGAACUGAUCGGUCGAAUGAGGAGUUACUUCGGGGGACUUCUCUGUGUUUGUUGGAGUCCUGACAACAAGUUUGUGGUGACGGGGGGUGAAGACGACUUAGUGACCGUCUGGUCCUUUGGCGAGAAGAGGGUAGUGGCCAGAGGUCAGGGACACAAGUCGUGGGUCAGUGUCGUUACCUUCGAUCCCUUCACUACCAGUUAUAGCGAUAACUUUGACUUAAGUGGCAGUGAAGAGGACAUGACUUCUCAGCAACAGAACUCUGAGUCCAACCCCACCACCAACUCAUACAAUGCCAUCAAUUCGGGUGUCAACAGCAGGUCUGCCAGCACUUCCAGGUCGACGUCCGGCAGCUUAAACCGAUUGAACAGCCGAUCCGCUCAUUCCCAGAACAUCACGUCGUAUAGGUUGGGGAGUGUGGGACAGGACACACACAUCUGUUUGUGGGACUUAAGUGAUGAUGUGCUCAAACAGCCGGUCGGCCGCUCGCGGACUAGUAUUCUAUUACACAGUCCAUCGACACAGUUAUCCUCGAUAUCGGGCGCCAAUGCAUACCUCUCCCCAAAAGGCAAUAAUAACGUGCAAACGGCUAACUGUGUGUCCAAAGAGAACAGUGUGAGCGUCGACACCAACAUUCUGUCUGUCAAUCAUGUCAUCAAAACCACAUCCAGUGAUAAGAAAGAACACAAACGAAACUUCAGUUUGGGUUCUCGUAAUAGUGAUAAGAAUAGUAUCAACAAAACCAGUCACACGAGUAAACUCAUCGACGACCCGAACCGGCUGUUGGGGACAGCCAUCUGUCCCCGACUCGAUGAGGUGCCACUCCUGGAACCACUCAUCUGCAAGAAGAUCGCUCACGAAAGGCUCACAUCCCUGGUCUUCAGGGAUGACUGCUUUGUCACCGCAUGUCAAGAGGGAUACGUAUGCACGUGGGCCCGACCCGGCAAAUGGGGUAAUAUGCAAUUGAUAUCGAGUCCCAGUCCUAGUAUUGGUGCCGAAGUGAAUGAAAUGCUGGACGACGGCAGCACCUUAGUCCACUUCUUCCAUUCGCGAGGCGUCCUCUUCGUCGCCCUCGAGGGGUGGGAUGUCGUCGUCGGCAGCGGCCGCAGCAGUGGUGUCGGCCAUCGGGAUGUCGUCGUCCUCUAUGCCGAGACCCAAUUUGAUCAUUCGGUGGAUACGGGAGGCGUGAGUCUGCGGGUCCUCCAGAGAGAAGCCGGACGUGAGGAGAGAGGUUUCGUACAAAAGCAUCACCAGAUCCUUCACAGACUUGUCGUUCUUGUCGGCGUCACUAUUACUAUAAUACUCUCUGUAAUCGACAAACAGUGUUGUGUAGUACUAGUGUCACCAGUGCGAACCACCACUACCACCACCACCACUGCCCAAGUUGUGGGCACCAAGUCUUCAAACACAUGCACGAUUUUGAUUGCAUUGAUUGACGUGAAUAUGGAUUCAAAUGAAUCUGAAGUCAAGACACAGAUGUCGAGGAAGAGGAAGGCACAGGAAAUGACUGAUCAUUCGACUCAUCCAUUGAGUGAUGAAGUAAAUGAAGAGUCAGAAGAGGUGACAAUUGACGACAAACUGACAAACGAAGAACUUUUAGAAGAGGAGAAGGAGUCACCGAACGAUCCGUUUUCAACUCAUUUCGAUCGGGAAUUGGAUGCAAAAGACAUCGAAUACCUAAAGGAGAGCCCGAAGAAGACCAUCAAAGAGCAUGAAUGGCAACAAAUGAAGAGAUUUAUAGAUAUUGAUAACGAGAAAAAUGCCGAAAACGGUGAACACAUUAGACUUAUAUAUAGUAUGCAUGCAUUGAAUCAUAUCAUGAAAAUCCGGACCCGAAUACUUCACCACAACUACAAAAUCAGUCGACAUGUCUCGUCGGAUGAAGAAUAUCGAGAUCAGGGCUUAACCCGUCCUAAG